AUGUUGUCCCAAAAUUUCAUGCUAGAGAAAGACCCUCUGUCUCUCGAGCGAAUCCGUCAAAUUUUGGUCCGCCUUGAAGACACUAUCAUAUUUGACUUGAUAGAGCGAGCGCAGUUUGCUCACAACCCCCGAAUCUACAUCCGUGGCUCCUUUCAGGAACUGAGGGAUAUGGAGUUUGAUGGAAGUUGGCUCGAGUGGUUUUUGAAGAGAUUGAAACUUUCCAUGGUUCCUAGAGCUCGUAGAUAUACAAGCCCAGACGAAUACCCUUUCACGUCCAAUCUCCCUGUCCCAGUGCUUUUACCCCUGGCUUUCCCAAAAAUACUACAACCGAACACUAUCAAUGCAAAUCCAUCAAUCCUGUCUUUCUAUACUCGUUCUAUUGUUCCGCGGAUAACAAGGCGGGCGACCCUGGCGCUAGCUGCCAUCAAGCGCUCAAAUGGGAUUAUUGGAGAUGAAGAAUACGAGGAUGAUGGUAAUUAUGGCAGCGCGGCAACCAUAGACGUUGAAGUUCUGCAGGCAAUUAGUAAACGCGUACAUUACGGCAAAUUUGUUUCUGAAUCAAAAUUCCUUGAAAACCCCGCUGCUUUCAUUCCCCACAUCCUCACGCCUAAUCCAACCGCACUCGAGGCGCUGGUUACGAAACCAGAGGUUGAGCGCAAGCUGCUUCAGCGGUUACGCAAGAAAGCUGCCACAUACGCACAAGAAUUCAGCGCCGAUGGUGAGGCCAUCGUCAACUCCCAUUUGAAUGGUGGUGCAAAAAUUGAUGUUGAUGGUGUGGUGGAGUUGUACGAGAGUUAUAUCAUCCCUCUGACAAAAGAGGUCGAGGUCGACUAUCUAUUGCACAGAUUAGAUGGUUUGUCGCAGGAAGAGAUCGAUGCUCUCGCUGCAUAG